AUGAGUGACACGAUAACUGGCAGCGCACCUCGAAAUAUGGACGACAAUGAUAGCCCGCGUGGUGUUGCAAAUGAAGAGAGUGCUGUAAAGCGAAAAAUUGUUCUUUGCUUUGAUGGUACAGAUGGUACAUAUGGUCCCAAGCCGUUUUCCAAUGUUCUUAAAAUAUAUCGACUGUUGGACAGCAGUGAUGAGAAGAAACAGCUUUGUUACUACCAACCUGGUAUCGGAACAGCAAUGACCUUUGAUUCAAACCUCGACUAUAAUCGGAAAGUCACCUUCACGAAUGCCAGAAAUUUUGUGGACUCCUUAUUUGCAUUCACAAUGACAUAUCACGUCUGCUCGGCUUACAUGUUCCUGAUGAAGUAUUACAGGAAGGGAGAUGAGAUUUACAUGUUUGGAGUCAGUCGAGGGGCAUUUGUUGCGAGAAUUCUGGCUGGAAUGAUUGAGAGAGUUGGCUUACUGAAUGAAGGAUUGGAGGAUAUAAUCUCGACCGCUUGGAAAAUAUACGAAAAAUGGGAAUACGCAGCUCAACCUAUCGAACCCGACUACACCACCACUCUUGCAGAAGAAUUCAAGAAGACGUUUUCUCGCAGCUAUGAAAUUGUCAUAAACUUUCAGGGCUUGUUCGACUCUGUCAACUCUGCUGGAUUUCUUCGCGAUAGGCAUUUCCCAUUCACCGCAAGGAGCGUAGUAGUACGCCAUGUCCGACACGCCCUUAGUCUUGAUGAGCGCCGAGGCAAAUUCCAACCACAAAAUUUUAUCCAGAGUCCCAAAGAUGGUUAUUUCUCUCCUCUUUGGAGAACUCUGAGUUACAAGUUCACGAACUCUUCUUUUGGAAGUUUCCAAAUCUUCUCGAAAGCCACCUCCUCUUCAAGUGUUUUGGUCGGUAACUCUAAGCAACAAUCCGACAAUAAUAGCCCUCAGAACUCUAUUCGGAAAUCAAAAGUUUCGACCGUGAGUAACGGAGACGACAGCAGAUUAGAUGAUUCGGUCGCUACAAAGUUAUUGCCAUAUCAACAAGAUUUUUCCAGGAGCACCAUAAGCCAUGACUCACUGUCUUCCGAUAUAGUUGAAAAGUGGUUCCCUGGAGACCAUGCCGAUAUUGGAGGUGGUUGGAUACCUGAUUAUGAUACAAAGCAAUACUUAUCAAACAUAUCCUUGCGAUGGAUGCUUUCCGAGGCAGUCAAGAAUGGAGUUCUUUUCGAGAAAAAUGUCAUAAGAGAAUUUUCGACAAAGUACCCAGCUCUCGGUAGUUUCACAGCUCUUUCUCACGAUAUGCUGGCUUUCACAAGUAGAGGGGCAGCCGAGAGUGUUUUUGACGCAACAAAACCACCAAACAGGUGGUUGGUUUCUCGCAUUCUUCGUCAACUUUUCAAACUUGUCAAAAUGAAAGUCUCAUGGCUCUGUGGGAAAGGUCGUUGGUACGCCAAGAAGUGCAAUGAACUACUUUACCGCUCUUGUGACUUUGGUUCUUCAAAUGCACCAUUAAAUGAACAAGAAUCACAGCGCGACGCAUUUUCUCCAAGUAAAGCGGGGUGUGGAAACCAACCAUUAUGGCAAGUCUUUGCAUGGUGGGUCAUAGAACUAGUUCCAAUAAGGCGUAAUACACUGGGCAAAGAUUGCAGGUGGAGAAACGCUUAUGUUCCCAAUCGUGGUCGGUGUAGAGAAUUGCGCGAAGAUAGCGACCUUCACUGGUCAGUCUAUUGGAGAUUGCUUUACUAUCGGGACUACAGGCCAUCCAAUUUACCUCAAUAUGUCCUAGAUCUCUUCGAGGAUCUCGAAAAAACUACUGGUUUAUCGCAAGAAAGAAGAGACAGUGUACGUUCAGCGAUUGCAGGUGGCUCUCGAAAACGAGUGACAAGACUAUGCCCUCAGCGUGAUGAACGUAAAUACGAAAAAGUCAUUUCUGAGGCUCGAGAGCUUCUCAGGCAAUGGAGUCUCUUACCUCCUAAUAAGGUUCCCGAUGAUUUGAGUGAGCUUCUAAAGACACACUGCGACCUUUAA